AAAAACCAUAAUAUGUAAAACAUAAAAACAACAAUAAUAAAAACAUGGCUCUAGCCAAAAAUGGUGCUGAAAUUCCCCUGUUACCAAAAACAGAACAAACUCUGUUUACAAGGGAAAAUCAGCAGCUGAUUUUGAGGGCAGUGUUCAACGUAUCGACGAGUAUAAUUGGUGCUGGGAUUAUGUCUGUUCCAGCAACUCUUAAGGUUUUAGGUGUAAUCCCAGGUUUUGUUUUGAUUAUUUUGGUUGCUCUUUUGGUUGACAUAUCAGUAGAGUUCAUGUUGAGGUUCACGUAUAGAGGCGAAUCGAAAACUUAUGCUGCAUUGAUGAAUGAGUCAUUUGGGAAAAUUGGUUCUGUUGCAGUUCAAAUAUGUAUCAUGAUAACAAAUCUUGGUUGCUUGAUCAUGUACCUUAUUAUUAUUGGAGAUGUUCUUUCUGGACAAGGAGAACAUCUUGGUGUUCUACAAGAAUGGUUUGGGAUUCACUGGUGGAACUCGCGUAAUUUCGCGAUCCUCUUCAUUGUCUUGUUUGUUAUGCUCCCUCUCGUCCUCUAUCGACGUAUUGAAUCAUUGUGGUUGAGUUCAGCAUUAGCUGUUCUGCUAGCAAUUGUAUUUGUUGUCAUAUGUUCAGUUAUGGCAAUCACAGCAAUACUAAAAGGGCAAACAGUAAGUCCAAGAAUGUUACCUAAGAUGGAUGAUGAAACAUCUUUUUUUAACCUUUUUACUGCUGUUCCUGUCAUUGUUACAGCAUUUACAUUUCACUUCAAUGUUCAUCCGAUUGCAACUGAGCUGGGAAAGCCUGCAGCUAUGUCUUCUGCUGUCAAGAUUUCACUAGUACUAUGUGCAGCUAUCUAUUUUUCAAUUGGGAUUUUCGGGUACCUUCUAUUCGGGGAUUCAAUCAUGCCAGACAUACUUGUAAAUUUCGACAAAUCAUCUGGUACUUCAGCGAUAAGUUCAAAGCUAAACGUUGUAGUUCGUCUGAGCUAUGCAUUUCACCUAAUGCUGGUGUUUCCCCUCUUGAACUUCUCCCUGAGAGCCAAUCUAGACGAACUCGUAUUCCCAAAGAAGCCCUUUUUGGCAACUGACACCAAACGAUUUGUGUGUCUUAGUUUAGUCUUGUUAGCCUUCUCAUAUGUAGCAGCCAUUUUUAUCCCAUCUAUAUGGUACAUUUUCCAGUUCAUGGGAACAACAACAGGUGUUUGCAUUGCCUUCAUAUUUCCAGGUGCAAUCGCCCUGAGAGAUGUUCACGGUAUAUCUUCAAGAAAAGAUAAGAUCAUUGCAGUGAUCAUGAUUGUUCAAGCAGUUGUGACUAGCUUUGUAACAAUUGCUACUAAUAUCUACAAUAUGAGUGGAAAUAGGACAUAGUUUAUAGCUUGUCAA